GUGCGCGGGCCGCCAGGGUGGCGCUCAUCGACGACGCGGUCGAGACCAUCCUGCUGGAGGGUGGGCCUGCCGAGGAGCCCGCGGCUGGCGCGCCGCCGCCGAGAAGCCGCGGCCGCAAGGCCACCGGCUUCGUCUUCGAGAGGCCCUGGAGCGAGGGCGGCAGCGAGGGCGCCGCGUCGCCCGGCGGCGAGGGCUCCGAGGCCGUGCCAGUGGAGCGGGGAGCCGAGGAGGAGGAGGAGGAGGAGGCCGUGCAGCAGCUGAUCUCGAGGACCUCGGAGCGGAAGUCGACCAGGGGGGCCGUGCGGCUGUCGCCAGCGGACUUGCAGGAGAUCCACCGCGGGGCCCCGCCGGAGGCGGCGGAGGAGGAGGGCGCGCCGCCGGCGGCCCCCGCGGGGCCUGGCCCGGUGCUGCUGGCCGCGCCCGCGCCCAGGGAGAAGGGCCGGAAGGCCACGGGCCAGCCGGCCGAGCAGUCGCCGCGCCAGGCGGAGCAGCCGCAGCAGCCGCAGCAGCAGCGUGAGGGCGAGCCAGCGGCCGCCCCUGCCAUGGCCCCCGGGGAGCGCCGCCAGAAAGUGCGCAAGGACGACACCGGGCACCCGCGCGCCGACGGCAGGGGCACGAAGGCGAGGCGCGCGCUCGGGAGGCUGUGCGCGGCGUAG